AUGUCCCCCAAUGUCCCCAAUGUCCCUGUGUCUGUGUCCCCAGCUGUCCCCCGCAAGGCAGUGUCAGUGGCGGCUGCUCCUCGGGCAGGCUCUGUCCCCAGCACGGCGAGCACCCAGGGCACGUCCAAGCGGCCGCCGUGGGACCUGCGGGGACAGCUGGGGGACCUGCGGGGGGCGCUGGGCCAGGCGCAGGAGCGGCUGCAGGGGCUGGACAGCGAGAAACGGCAGCUGGAGAGCGAGAGGAGGCAGCUGAGAGAGCGCCUGCAGCAGCUGCAGAGCGAGCUGGGCCAGAGCGAGAGCCGCGAGAGCAGCUCCCUGGAGCUGGAGGUGUCGCAGUGCCGCGAGGAGCUGGAGCAGAGCCGGGGCCGGGAGGAGGCUCUGGAGGCCAAGGUGCAGCGGCUGCAGGCGGAGGAGGAGCAGCGGCGGCAGGAGAGGGACGAGGCCCUGGGCCGGGCUCGGGCGCUGUCGGAGCAGCUGGAGAACACUGAGGCGCAGCUGCAGCAGACGCAGCAGCAGCUGCAGGAGAAGCAGGGUCAGGUGUCGGCGCUGCAGGAGCUGGAGGCCUCGCAGAGGACGCUGCUGGCCGAGCACGAGGAGCGCAUCCACCUGCUGGAGAUGGAGCGGCGCCGCCUGCACAACGACGUCCAGGAGCUCAGGGGGAACAUCCGCGUGUUCUGCCGCGUGCGGCCGCUGCUGCCCGAGGAGCAGGAGCGCCAGCGGGGGAUGCCCCACCUGCACUUCCCCCCUGAGGACGCCCGCAGCCUCGUGCUCACCCGGCCCGACGACUCCCAGGUGGGGCGGGAGCGGCGCGCGGAGCUGCGCUACGACUUCAGCUUCGACCGCGUCUUCCCGCCGGGGGCCUCGCAGCAGGACAUCUUCCAGGAGAUCCAGCUGCUCGUGCAGUCGGCCCUGGACGGGUACCCGGUGUGCAUCUUCGCCUACGGGCAGACGGGCAGCGGCAAGACCUUCACCAUGGAGGGGCCGGCGCCGCCGGGCGCGCCGGAGUCGCGGGGCAUGAUCCCGCGCGCCGUGCGCCACCUGUUCCUGGGCGCCCGCGACCUGGCGGGCAAGGGCUGGCAGUACGGCUUCUCGGCCAGCUUCCUGGAGAUCUACAACGAGGGCCUGCGCGACCUGCUGCUGGCCCGCGGGCAGCGCGCCUCCGAGCUCGAGAUCCGGCGCCUGGCGCCCGGCAGCGACGAGCUGCACGUGCCCAACCUCACCUGGGUGCCCGUGCACAGCGAGGAGCAGGUGCAGGAGCUGCUGCUGCGGGCGGGCUCCCAGCGCUCGGUGGCGCGCACGGGGCUCAACGAGCGCUCGUCGCGCUCGCACUCGGUGUUCCAGCUGCGCAUCCAGGGCCGCCACGCGGCCCGCGACCUCACCUGCGCCUGUGAGACAGCCCAGAGUGCCCCUGAAUUCCUGAUUCCCUCGGAAUUCCCGAAUUUCCCUGCUUUUCCCCCCAGUUUCCCUGCUAUUCCCCCAGUUUCCCAGCUUUUCCCCCCAAUUUCCCAGCUUUUCUCCCGUUUUUUCCACUUCCGAUCCCGUUUUUCCCAUCCCGCGACCUCACCUGCGCCU